GUGUGCUCGUCUUCUAUUAGCAACUCUCAAGCGUAGACAUUCGGAGACACACGCGCCUAACUUCUCUGUUCAGAAUCUCAGUCGACAUCACGCUGACUUUUACAUCUCUACAGCCAACUUUUCAGCCUAACACCUAAUUGAAGAUGAACAUGCCAUGGACAAUCUGUAUGACUGUGAUUGUGGCAACAAUUCAUCUGGUUCCAGCAGAACAGCUCUUUCCAGCAAAAGUCCUGAUUGACCAGGAAACGGUAGAUGAAGGGUCUAAGUUAACUUUGAGAUGUAUGGUGGCCUCAAAUCACUGGGAACAGAGUCAAGUAGGCUCCUUCUUUUUAUUUCAUAAUGGGAAGAAAGUUAAGAGUGAGACCGUUUUUGGUGGCAAAAGAACUGCUAUGUUUACACUGGAGUCCAUCGUAGCAGAACAAGCUGGGAGAUACGAGUGUGCUUAUGGGACGAAGAGUCCAGACAGACUGGGAGACUUUCAGACUAAUAAUUCAGUCAGCAUCAGAGUCAAAGAAUGCCAAGUUUUGCUUAUUCUUCAAGUACAGAGUUUAACUGAGGGAGUGGAGGUGACCUUUACCUGCUCGUUUCCUAAAGACUCCAAGAUAAAGAGCAGCUCAGGAGGUUCUUUUCAACUUCGCAGGGAUGGAGAGCUGCUGUCCAAACAAUCCGCUGACACCUCACCAGAGGUCACAUUCAGGAUUCAGCACACCAGUGAGAACAAAAAUGGGAUUUAUGUGUGUGUGUUCAGGAAGGGAGAUGCUUAUACAGUUAAGAGUCAACCGGUGAGACUCCAAGACAAAGCAAAAGGAUUCUCCUCGAAACCAACAGUAGACAAUACAUCCAGUUCUCAGGAACCUGACAACACAAAUGCAACAGCUCUCUAUAUGGUUGGUGGGGCCGUUCUGCUGAUUCUGCUGGUGGUGACAGGAGGAAUUGCAUUCUAUGUGACUUCAAAAAGAGUUUCAAAUGCAGACGCACAAAUGGAUCCAUCCUCUACAUCUGAGAAUGCUGACUCAACACUCCACUACUCAGAACUGCAACACAAGGCACGUGACACCAGCAUCUCACCCACGAAUCAGCCUGACCCAGUGGUGUACUCCCAGAUUACACGCAAAACCCGGACAUAUAACAUACCACUCCACUCGCUGUAUGCUGAAAUCACAGGACACUGAAGUACCCUCCAGCUUAACUUGUCUCCACUUUGUUUCAGGGCUUUAUUAAAUUUUAGGCUGCCCAAAACUCCCCGGGUUUGCUAUUCAGAGCCAUGCGUUAAUCUAAAUACAAUUAAAAAAAAUUUGCAAAGCAAAAGAUGGAGGACCCCCUUAGAUUGGAAUGGGAUAUGGAGAAAGAGUACACAAUAAGGUUGACUUUGGUCCUGUGGAGUGACCUUG